CGGGCCGAGCCGGGCGGCCUUUGUUAACCAGAGGGCGCGGUCGCCGGGAUUUUCACCGCGGGCUUCGCUGAGCGGUACUUGGCUGCCAGAUUGGGGUCGAGAUGUCCUACAUCCCGGGCCAGCCGGUCACGGCCGUGGUGCAAAGAGUUGAAAUUCAUAAGCUGCGUCAAGGUGAGAAUUUAAUCCUGGGCUUCAGCAUUGGAGGUGGAAUUGACCAGGAUCCCUCCCAGAAUCCUUUCUCAGAAGACAAGACGGAUAAGGGCAUUUAUGUCACACGGGUAUCGGAAGGAGGCCCUGCUGAAAUUGCUGGGCUACAGAUUGGAGACAAGAUCAUGCAGGUGAACGGCUGGGACAUGACCAUGGUCACACACGACCAGGCCCGGAAGCGGCUCACCAAGCGCUCGGAGGAGGUGGUGCGCCUGCUGGUGACGCGGCAGUCGCUGCAGAAGGCCGUGCAGCAGUCCAUGCUGUCCUAGCAGCUCGCCGAGGUCCCGACAUGCCUGCCGCCUCCUUGUACAGUGACACUACUUCCUCAGUCUGCCCCUCGUCCUGGCUCCUGCUGAGUGCUGGGCCCCCACUCAGAAGGGCAAGAGCUGGUCCCAGAGGCCUGACUGGCCUGCCUUCCCCUCUCACCGGUGGCCUGAGGCUCUGGGACCAGCCCUCCCUUGGACACCGAGGACUGGAAACAAUGGCCUGGAGUUGAGUUGUAGUCAGUCUGUAGUGACCACAAGCUCAGCCCCCAGACCCUGCUGCCUGGUCUCAGCAGUGCCCAGGGGAGCAGGGCCCCCACUUCCUGAGAGCGGCCGCAAAGCAGAACAACGCCUGGUGGGCCAGCCCUGCCCUCUGUCUCAGCUCCAAAGUGCCUGUGUCCCACGCAUUCCCGUUGCUCAGAGGGGAUUCGACACUGCAGAGGCAGCAGACGUUUGCCAGCAUGGAAGCCAGCAGGCUCAGUUCACCCAUCGUUCCCCCACUCCUCCGAGGGGCGCUAGCCUUCCAGGGUUCACCAGCUUACAAGAUUAGGCGAGGUUUGAGGCUGACUUUUGAGGGCAUUUUUCAAGAUUGCCAAUCUCCUCUAUGCCUGUUUAACUUUUGUACUUUUUUAAUCACUUUGAUACAAAGGGUUUUUAUCUUACUA